UGAUGAUAACGAUGAUGAUAUUGUUGUCAUAAUUAAUCACAAUCAAAAUGAUGUAAAAGAUCGUGAAAUAAUUUCACCAACAACAACAACAUGGCGACCAAAUCUUUCUUAUACAUUAAUAAAUAAUGAUAAACGUGAUGAUCAAAAUGGCCAACAACAACAAAAGCAAAAUCCAUCCAAUGUUGAUAUUAAUAAUUCUCAUUUAAAUCAUGUAUCGACAAUGGCUACAAAUGAUGAUGGUGAUGAUGAUGAACAUAAUAAUUAUAAUGAUAAUAUCAUGGCCAUUAUUGGUGAUGUGGGAGUUAAUCAUGGAAAUAAUAACCUGAAUAAUAAUUAUGAAGAUUAUUAUGUUGAUGUUAAUCCUUCAUCAUCAUCAGUGACGACAACGACAAAAUUAGUGAAAACGGAAUCAUCACCUUCAUUUACAACAACAACGGAAUCAAUGCCAUAUGGAUCUAACAACAACAAUAUAAACAACGAUAAUCAUAUACAAUUUGUUCCUGCAAGUGAAUCAUAUUCAUCAUUGACAAUACCUACACAUUUAUUAUAUCCAUCAUUAUCAACAUUUAUUAUUAAUAACAAUAAUAACAAUAGUCAUAAUAAGCUGGAUAAAAACAAUACUGUUGGCAAUCAACAACAGCACGUGUCAUCACCAUCAUCAUCAACAACAUCAUCAUGGUGGAAACCUUCACGUAAUAAUCAUAUUUGUGGUAUACAAUCUUCAUAUCAUGUAGUUUCAUCGUCAUCAUCAUUGGUGUCAAUGAAUUCGAAUAUUUCUCUAUCAACACCAACAACAACAACAACGUCGACAACCGCUAUUCCGCAAUUGACUACAAUGACAACAUCCAAAUCGAGCACCGUCAUAUCAUCUCCACAUUCGUCAUUGAUUCAACAACAACAACUUCGAACAAGUCGAAUCGUUGGUGGCGAUGCCGUCAUACAAGGCGAAUUUCCAUGGAUGGUGUCGCUAUUGCUUCGUGGAAGACAUUAUUGUGGCGCCGUUAUAAUCGAUCAGGAUUGGCUAUUGACCGCUGCACAUUGUGUUUAUGGUCAUGAUCCCCAUCAAUUUACCGCAUUGAUUGGUAGUAUAUUCAGUGUUUCGGCAUCAUCAUCAUCACGGAAAUCAUCCACAACAACAACUACAGCUUCGACAUUAUCACAACAAAAGUCAUCAACUCAUCGAACACCGUCAUCAACUUCUUUACCAUCGUCAUUAUCUUCAACGAUAAAACCAUUAUCAACAACGAAUAAAAAUUUCUGGAAUCUAUUCCCACCAUUACCGCCACCACAUCAGACCAUAUCGAAUGUAUUGAAAGAAAACCGAACAAAAGAAUAUUUCAAUGUUGUUGAUGAUGAUGAAGAUGAUGAUGAUGUUCAUCAUCAUCAUCAUAGGCCAAUUAAUACGGAUGAUCUAAUCAUUGUUGUUGAAGAUACAAAUGAAGAGGAAAAUAAUGAUAAUUCAGAUAAUCUUAAUACAUAUCAUCAUCAUAUUUCAUCGAUGGAUAUGAAUAGUAGCCAUAAAGAAUCAUCGAAUUCAAAUUCAUCAUCAUCGGAUGGAUUGGAAAAACAUGGAUCAUCUAUGCAUAAAAAACAUUCGAAUCAAAAUCUUCGAUUAGUCAAAAUUGAACAAUUGAUUGUACAUGAAAAUUUUACUCGUACCGAAUUUUUUCGUAAUGAUAUUGCAUUAAUCAAGCUUAGUGAGAAGUUAAUUUAUAAUGAAAAUAUAUCACCAGUUUGUCUACCAACAAUAUCGAUGGCUACAUCUAUAUACAAUCAAAAUCAUCUAAUCACAACAUCAUCAUCAAUGAUGAAUGGA